AUGCCAGAAAAGGACAUGCCUCGCAAGAUCCGGAGUUCGCCGGCCAGGCGAAAGCGUAACCGCUGGCGAGCAACCAAGUUUGCUUUGAAAGGGGCCAUCGCUGCACUUCUGUGUUUGAAAGUUCGGGGCGGUGGGGUGGGCCACAGGGAUACUGCCUCACACGACUUUUGCACUGUGGUGAAGACGUUGGUGCAGACAUCGGGUGUGUCUGUUGCGGAGUACUUGCGAGCUUGGGCUGGCAGCACUGAGUUUUGCACAAACCGACAGCGCAAUCUUCUGCCAGUUCCAGCCCUGGAGUCUUGGCCAGAGAGCAUCAGCACGGGGAAUGUUCUUGCUUCAGACUGUUUUGAGUUUACGAACCUUUGCAUAGGAAGCCUGAAUUGCAUGGAGACUGGGUUAAAACCUCUCCCGGCCCCAAGAACUCUGCGCCGACAAGCCACCUGUCAGCAACAUAAUGUGCAACUGCAUGUGGCAUCACGAGUCGUGGGCUUCUUGAGCAACCUUAACAAGACUUUUGGGCGGUCCUUGCCUUGGAAGGGGGCGUUCAUUGAAGCAGAAAGGAUUGGCGCAUCCUGUUAUGAAGACAUUCGUGGAGAUGAUGUCGACCUGCCUGAAGCUGCCGCCACCUGCGAUCCAUGUAGUUUGAUCAGCGAGUCUUUGCGUGGAAAAAUCUCAGACCCCAGCAUCGUGUUUCCGACUAAAGGAACUGUUGAGACGCCUGCUGGGCCUACUUCCUCAGCUCGCUCAGAGUACCUCAAGCUCACAGUGCGUGAGUUGUUGUGUGGGAAGCUGUGUUUGCGUUGCAACGUGGAAGGAAUUGCUGGCGUUUUUGCUGCUGGAAAGUCAGGUGGGAGACAGCGAAAGAUAUGGAACGGCUCAGCUGUGUCAAAUCUUGCUGCCAGGCCGCCAAGACCUCAUCGCUUGGCAAAUCCUGCCAGUUUUCUGGAGCUCGAAGUGCGAUCAGAGAGACCGCUGCUGUUUUCCAAGCGGGACGCUUCCACUUUCUUUGACACGCUCAAGGACACGACAGUGGCCACUGCUCUGCGUGCAGGGAUUUUGGGAGAGAACAUUCUAUGCCCUGAUCAUGACCCCCCGGCUUGCCAAGAGGAGCUGUGCAUAAUUGCCACGGAUGACACAGUGCUUUUUCAUAGAAGUCGUGAAGUUGGUGCGGCCACGCUGGCUUCCCUUGACGCGGCUUUUGAACAUAAUGGCAUCCCAACGAACAAGGCGAAGGACGUCACCUUAGCUUCAGAGGUUACAGCGUUGAGUUGUGACCUCUUCAAUGACCCUGCAAGGGCUGAACCAGCUGCAACACGCUUGGGGAAAGCUUUGUGCCGCGCGCUGGACCUUUUGACGCAUCCUUCCGCGAGCCCCCGUGGUGUCCAUGCUCUGCUCGGAGUGUGGCAAUGGUUUGGGCUACUGCAGAGGGGGUUUUUCAGCAUCUAUGACAGCGUCUAUGAUUUCGUGCGCUUGGAGCCAGAGUUUGGAGUAAAACCUUUGCCCAGCAAUGUCAUCAAUGAAUUCCUUACUACGUUGCUUCUGUCUCCAUUGCUAGUGGCCAGUCUGGACAGAUUUCCUUUGCCACUGCUUGUUGCUACAGACGCUUCCCCUGAUUUUGGUUUUGGUGUGGCUGCCAAACGUUGCUCCCCAACAGAAGCUGCUGAAGUGUGCCGGCUAGCUGAAAGGCGUGGGGACUACGUGCGCCUCACUGCAAACUCAGAGGAAGUAGAGGUCCCACGUUUGGGAAAGCCGACGUUGCUGAAGUGUGCCCAGGCAGACUUUACCACUGUCAUUUCAAGUAAGGCGAAGGGCAAGGCACAUUCUGGAGUCCUGGAGACGCACGGAUUCUUGUUGGGCUUGAAGUGGGUGGUUCGCAGUGCCAAGCAUCACCAUUGCAAGAUCCCUUUUUUAGUUGAUGCCAAGGCAGUGGUAGGUGCAGUUGCAAAAGGUCGCAGUUCAGCUCGGGCUUUCCGCACGUUGCUGCGUGCUAUAGCUGCCUACACCCUGGCUGCAGACGUGCUCCUAAGACUGGUCUACAUACCUAGUGAGUCCAACCCAGCUGAUGCUCCAUCCCGAGGCAAGAAGCGUUGGCCAGUCAACAGGCCUCCAAGAGUGUCUCACUUCAAGCCUCGGCGCUCUUGGGCGAAGAGCAAGAGCCGGCUGCUUGAACUCCGGAAACAGUAUUGA